CCAUGGGGGUCAUGACGAUUUUAAUUUAUAUCUCUUCUGGUGCCGAGAAGAGCCUAUCUCCCGUCCUCUGAAGCCAAAACCCUAAAUUCCACCUGCUCACUUCAAUACGAGGCAUCCCAGUUCGUUUCAAAGGAAAAAUGAGUAGACGUGCGAGCAGAACUGUGUACGUUGGGAAUUUGCCGGGCGAUAUACGUGAAAGAGAAGUGGAAGAUCUGUUUCUCAAGUAUGGACACAUAACUCACAUUGACUUGAAGGUUCCACCCAGACCCCCUGGGUAUGCAUUUGUAGAGUUUGAGGAUGCUCAAGAUGCCGAAGAUGCAAUUCGUGGUCGUGAUGGCUAUGAUUUUGAUGGGCAUCGGUUACGGGUAGAGCCUGCACAUGGUGGACGUGGUCAUUCAUCAUCCAGAGAUCGACAUAGUAGUCACAGUAAUGGUCGAGGUGGACGUGGGGUUUCUCGGCGUUCCGAGUACCGUGUACUAGUCACUGGGUUGCCCUCUUCUGCUUCCUGGCAGGAUCUUAAAGAUCACAUGCGGAAAGCAGGAGAUGUUUGUUUUUCUCAGGUUUUUCAUGAUGGCAGAGGAACAACUGGGAUUGUUGACUACACAAACUAUGAUGACAUGAAAUAUGCUAUCAAGAAGCUUGAUGACUCUGAGUUCCGAAAUGCAUUUUCCAGAGCAUAUGUUCGUGUGAGGGAAUAUGAUUCAAGGCGGGACUCCUCUAGAAGUCCUAGUCGUGGCCGAUCUUAUUCCAGGGGGCGAAGUUAUAGCCGCAGCCGCAGCCGCAGCCGUAGUUAUAGUCGAGGCCGUAGUCAGAGCAAAUCGCCAAAGGGUAAAUCUUCACAGCGUUCACCUGCUAGAUCUCCUUCAAGAUCUGUUUCGCGCUCACGCUCAAAGUCAAGGUCCCGUUCUUUGUCAGGAUCACGAUCAAGAUCGAGAUCUCCAUUACCUUUGCGUAAUAAAAGCCCAAAAAAGAACAGCACCAGCAGAAGCCCUAGCAGGAGCCGGAGCCGGAGCCGGAGCAAGAGUUUGUCUCGGUGAGCUCUGAUUGUUGUCGAUCUUUCAGUUUAUGAGGUUGUGAAUGAUGGUGAGUUCUAUAAAAUUUGUGCCGUAAACUGACAUCGGCCGAGUAAAACAGCUAAUUGGCUUAAAGUUGUUGAUUAAACUUUUUGAAUUGAACACACUUCGACUUGUAACUUGUCGUUUCCAUCUAGUCCAUGAGAAUUAGUUGGUUUUAGCUUUCUGUAUGAUUCUGUGGAGGGUUUAUGCUAUUCGGUCGGAUAUAGUUGGACAUGCUUUUAGCUGUUGUAUCGUACUUAUGAAAAGCUUCGUUAUAGCUAGAGUGUUGCAUUCAUUUUAUUUC